AAAAAAUAUUUUCAUUUCAUUGUUAUUUGUGUCUUUGUUUCGUUUUCGUAUGGCAACUGGAUUCGCGAUGCGUGCGAUUUGUGUGAUGCUAUGUGCAAUUUUUCAUAGCCAAAAAAAUAAUUAGUACAAUACAAAUCUUUAUCCUUUCUCCAUAAUCAAACCUAUCGAAUACCAACUAGUGUAUGUAUCAUUGAGUUCAAUUAGUUGUCAUACUGUUCUUGGAGUAAUGACCUCUGAGUUCAUGGCUAAAGCUUGACGCAUCACGAUAUUACCCAAUGGAUAGUAAAUUCCCUAAAUUGCUGUAGUGUUCUAUGUUGUCUGUGCAUGGAGUGAGCCGCGCGGUGUCGUGAGACGCGAGUACAUCGAGUGCGAGUGUGUGUACGAUGGUGCGAGCGGCUUCAUCGGACUCCGGUUCAGUCUGGUGACUGUCUGUGGAAGACUAAAAAUAUGUAAAUAAACAUGAACGAUAUAAGUGUUAAACUAGUGGAUUCCCCUAAAACAGUCCCAGGGGAUGUGCAGGCGGUGCCUCCGGUGGAGGAGGGUGCUGGCGAUGUGGACCCCCUGGCUAUAGACCUGCAGGAGGUGAAGGUGGAAAAAGUGGAUGCUCCAGAGGAAACCGGCGACGCGGCGGUGGAACCUGCGGAGCGGGACUGUGAUGAAAAUGCCAAAGAAAAAGUAGAAACUGAGAUUACAGUAGACAAUGGAAGGACGCUAGAUCUGCAAUCUGAGCGGAUUAAGGAAUUACUCAAAGAUGACAAUAGUUCCAUUGAUAGUACUUUAGACAGUGAGCCCCCUACAGAUAGUAAUGUGGGAGCUGAAGUCCCUAUGGAGAUAGCUCAUGCUGAACCCUCUUUGGAAAGAAUAGAGGUCAGCCCCGAGAGUCCAGGGAAACUGGAGAUAGUUGAGGAAACAUCUAACCAAUCUCAGUUAGAGGAAGAAUCUUUAGAAAGACCUCCGAAAACUGAGGAAGUUGAUGUAGACACCAAAACUAUAGAACAGGAGAAAAAACCUGAAGAGAAAACAAUUGAAUUUGAACCAAAAGUCACAAUACCUGAGACACAAGCAGUUAAACAAAAUGAAAUAAAUAAUAUUAAGUUAGUAGUUGAAGAGAAAAAGACAGUGGCUAAAGUUCCUGAGCCAAUUGUAGAAAAACAGGAAGAAAAAUGCCCUGAGGUGGUCAAAGAGGCAGAUGUGGAAAUGAAAGAAGUGCCUAAACCUGAGACUAAUAAUAUUCCUAAAGAUUAUACAAAAGUUGAGACACAGCCUGAAAUGGCAAAGCCUGAUGUUUUGCCUGUGAAUGGAGACAUAGCAAAGGACGAGCAGCCAAUAAAGAGACGUGCAAGUGAGGAAGUGGAAGAAUCACCCCUCAAGAAGCUCUGUCAGGAAGUUGAGAAGACCUUCCCGAAGCAUGACAGCAUGAUCAACGACUACAUCCAGACCGCCACAAAGAACAAUGUUGAUGAGAUACAGAGGCAUACGGAGCAGCUGCUAUCAGAAAUACAGACCCUGAGAGAGCUAGCCCAAAAGAAAGAACAUGAAUGGAACAACAUCCUCCACCUAAAGAAAGUGAAAGAAGAAAUCUUACUCCGAUUACUCAGAAGAAAACAGGUGAUAUCAUUUGAGAAGUCAUCAGAAGUAAACAAUGGCAACUGCAAAGAUCCCUUUGACUACCUAAAUGCAUCUAAAAACUUGGCCAUAGAUAAAAGCGAUGAAAUAUCUGGUCUGGCACUAAAACCGCCUGUAACUAGUGUUAACCAGCCGAUCAUACAGCCGCCUAUAAUGCCUCCGACAUCACACUUCAACAUGUCAGGGUUGCCACCUCCUUACGAUAAGGCAGCUCAUAUGAAUAUGCCCAAGGUUUUCCCCCAACAGCUAAUGAUGCCGGGGCCUACAAUGCCGUUUCCUCGAGAUAUGAAUAUGAAUGGACAGUUAAAUAGCUUUGGUCUACCGAUGGGCAGACAGGGGCCCACUAAAGAUGUGAAGUCUAUAAUAGCAGAUUACAGGCAGCGGAACCCGGAUGUCACCCCGAGGCGAGGAAGAAGAAUGAAGUCGAUACUGAACCCUAACAUGAUGAAUGCGCCGCGCCAGGCCCUGCCUAAGGUGGAGAAUCUUAAUCUAGGAAUGAUAUUCAAUAACUUGGAUAUGAACCAAAAAGCGAUGCUCGAACGCCUCUCCCAAAUGCAAGGGGCCAGUUUACCCAAUGGCAUGUCGUUCAAAGACGUGUUAGUUCAGUUCGCGAACAUCCAGCAGCAGAACCCGGGCCUCAUCCCGCCGCGGCCCGACAUGAUGCCGCAUCGGCCGGAGCCGCCGGCAAGACCGGAGCGGCGGCGAGCGGAGAGGCCGAGUCAGGAGAUUAGAGAAGAAGUGCACAUGCCCACAAAGCAGAGCGAGAGGGAGCGCCUGGCGUCUUCCAGCCCGCGCCUGCCGCCGCCCCCGUACCCCGAGAUCUCACUGUUACCGGUCAACUCCAACCAAGAAGGCGGCAACUCGCAACAAAACUCCUUGCUGCACGGCAUCUUGACGAAGCAGGCGGCCGCCUCCCCGCAGAGUUACUCGCCGACGUUGGCUAAACUGCUUACAUCGCCGGAAAGGAAUCAAAAAGCACCAACAUUACCAUCUUUCGGUCAGGCCAAGAACUGUGGAGAGAUCACGAUCACGCCGGUGCAGCCGAGCGCGGCCGAGGCGGAGAAACCGGAGGAGGUCGUGCAACUUGACGACGAAGAAGCGACCUCCCGUUCAGCCGCAUCCUCCCCCUCCGCGCGCGGCGCCUCCCCCCCCGCGGACGCCCCCCUCUGCCAGGGAUGCCGGCGGAGAGACGCGCAGUUCGUGUGUGCGGGCUGCGGGAACCAGUGGUACUGCUCGCGGGACUGUCAGGUGGCGGCGUGGGACGAUCACUCUGAAAUGUGCUCCGGGUAAAGCUGAAACUCUUAACAUUUUACGCCUUUUAGUUGAAACAUAGAACGAUCGGUUGAUGGCAUCUGCAUCUUAUCUUACACUACAAGAAUCCGUAGAUGAAACAUGUACCUACUUGAAACCGUUGCAGCUACCUAAAUCGUAAGUCUAAUUAUACAAUUCUAAAUGGAAUCGAUUGAGAACAUCAAGUACAUAAUGUAUAAUAAUUUAUAAUUAUAACUCGUUUACAAAACGACUAAUUACUUUAGUCUCAGACGCAAUAGCGCGGAGGCAGUUUUGCGUGUGUGCCGCUAGGUGGCGUCUCUCGAUUUUUCACAGCUCAAACGCUAAAAACUUCUAAUCCGUCAGGAUCCUUUUUACAACAGCAGCGAUGAUUUACGCAAUGAUCAGGUACUUCGAAAAUGGUUGUUUAAAAUAAGUAAUGUAAGUGAAAAUGAUGAUUAUUUAUAAUACAUAUAAGUAGCUAUGUGUGUAGUCAUAUCUUUAUGCGACUGUCUCUGGUGUCGUUUGCCUUAUUCUGAGUGGAGCUCAGUGAAUCUCUGCCUUUGGAGAUCCUUACAGUGACAGAAAAACUGUAGUGCUUAUAAGUUAUAAGUAUAAGCCAUGCGGAUAAAAAAAACACAAUUUAAAUGGUUGACGGUAAAGAAAACCUUGCCUUGUUAAUUAUGACACCAUGAACGAAUAAAGUUAGAGCGAUGCUUAUAAUAAUCUGCUGAGAAAUUCUUAUUGAGAUAUAGCGUAAAAAUGAAGUAUAAGUACAAUAGUAUGAUCAAUGAUUAUUUAGGGGUUGUUUUAUUGAUGCCCUUUAUUUAUCUUCAAAGAAUGAUAAUUUAGCCUAAUGAAGUUACAAAUAAAGUAAUUAACUCUUUUCCUACUUCUUUACAAUUUCGAUUCCUUUGAUAAAGCAUUUUAUUGGAAAACUUUUAAGAAAUCUUUCACCUAAAGUAUAUUUAUUUAGUACCUAUUGUUACCAACGAAAAAUUAAAUUGAAAGUAUGUAUGAACUCCUAUCCUACUUCUUUUAAUGUUGUCCAAAUUUUGGCAAUGUAAAAAAACCUAGAAUUAUUUUGUAUUGAUAAAAAAAGAUGAAUAAACGGUUGUGUUUUAAAACUAUAAAUUAAAAAUCUCAAACGACUGCUGUCGGUCACAAAAUUUAUGCAACGCACUUAAAAACUAUGUUCAAAGACAUUCGCAUUUAUCAUAAUGUUACGGAAAAGUAAACUUCGUAAUAAUUACGUACCGUACUUCAAAAGAAUAGGUACUACAUAAUAUGGUAAAAUAAGCACAUACCUAGUUUGAUGUUUACACGAGCCAACGUUAGUAGCUAUACACUUUUGUACUUUAUCAAACUUACAAUCACAAACUUUUACUCGUUCAUUUAAUUAAGUUUCACAGGGUACAAAUGUGUAUAGCUACUAAUAAAGGUGGCCGUACAAUUAUAUUAUCAACUCUAUGAAAACCUUUUUGUAAAAUCCCUAGCAAACAUAAGAAAGAAUUUUAAUAAUAUUUUGAGUUCCUAAAUUAUAAACGUAUUGAAAUCAAGUAUAAAUUUGCUUCUACAGCAUUAUCGAUCUUGAUUACCUACUUAGGUAUUUAGUAUUUAAGGUAGGUAAUACCUCUAAUAGGAUACUGUGCGUAAUGUAAUACCUAUACCUAAAAGUUACAGUAAUUAAAAUACCUAUGACAAAACAUAAUAUUUAUAACAUAAAAUUAAGAAGAAAGAUCGAAAAUCGUUACUACUAUAAGUAAUUAGCUGUGCUUUGUGGAUUGUAGCACAGUUGUAUGAUAUUUUUAUUUAACAACGGUUUUGGCUUAUUCCUGUACUGUUUUCCCAUCCAGUAGUGGGGGAUAGAAAGCUAAUAAUGAUGAUGAUUAAACUAUGAGAAUGAAGUAUUUAUUGUUUCUGUAAAAUAAGCAAACUUUCAAUAUAAAAUGUAGGUAUAAUUCUGAUAGCUCAUGUGCCUGGAUAAGAGAAAAGUUUAGCAAACCAAUGUGGUUUUGUUGAGCUUCGUAAAAUAUAUUUAUGUAUUUAUAAAUAUAGGUCAUAAUUAUGUGAAAUUAACUAGGUACUGAUAUUGAUAAGAAUGGUACUACACAAUCUAGUAAGUACCAUCCUUUGAUGUAAUUUCUAUUAAUAGCAGAAGCUAAGUAGGUACCAUUCAAUCUUAUUAAUUUAAUGUAAAAAAAGGUAGCCUUAGAUUAUAAAAUGAUGGGUACUACACACGAUAAAUUUAAUCACUUUAAAAAUAUUAUAUAAUUACAAGAAAGUUUAGGAAAUGCUUUUUGACACUUUUUACACAAGUGAACAGUAUAGUAUAUUUAUGAAAAAUAAUGUGGGAAUGUUUAUUUUCCAUCCGAUACAGUAAUAUUCUGUGUGAGUCAUGUGCGUAUUUCAAUCGGUGGUCCUGCUGCGCCGAAAUUAUACUCAGAUAACGCGAAAAGCAUUUGUUGGCCUUUGUCGCCAGUUUGUGGUCAUUAGUAGUACAUUUGUGAUCGGUAUGAUAAAUGGUUAUUAUAAGUAUACCUAGUUACUUUUGUUUACCGAGUUAAAUCUGUAAGACAAUAUUCAAAACUUUCCGUUACAAAUCCACAACAAAACUUAAAAAAUCUUCAAUUGCCUAUUCAAAAUAUUAAGUGGUAAAUAUUGUUAAUCAAUCAUUUUAAAAUAUCAAACCUGUUGUUUAUGAUCUAAGGCUAUCAUUGUAUUUAAAGUAGUAUACGCAAAUAAACAACCAAUAUAAAAUGGCGGACAGACUCAUGAUUUGUCGCCCUACUCCACUUAUGUAAAAGCCGCCAUUUUUGUAUAGGUUUUAUAUGCGCCAUAUAACCUCAUGUAUGACACGCGACGGACUAAACUGUUAAAAUAAAAAGUAGGUUACAAUUUAUUAAAACAAGUGCUUUAAAUGAGGGUUUAUUUUUGCUAAAGCUCGAACGAAAAUCAAUUUAAUUCUAAAUGUAAGAUAAAAUAAUAUGGAAUAAAAUAGUGACCUAAGAAUAAUGCAUAUUUUGUAGGAGUUAUUUAAUUUCCGCUACGUUAUUUACAAGAGUAUCAAGUAUUAUAUUUAUGAAGUCGUUUUUUUACAUUUUAUAAACGCUGUACGGCAGUGCCAAAUGCAACAUACUGUAUGCUGUUUCCAUUCAUAUAAUUUCAAGUUAUAAAUUGCUGGUAUUUCAAGAAUUUAGAAAUUAGUUUUAUUUUUGGAAAGAAAUCAAAUGUGUGAAAUUAUGAAUAAAUUAUUUCUAUGAACUAAUAAUUAUGACCCUUCGUAAAUUCAUCGGGACAUUAAAUGAAUGGGGACAGUAUUCACUACCUUACCUACCUACUAUACACUUUAAUAGAUCUUUAAAGUUCUUGUUGAUGAAAACGAGAUAAAUACCUGUAUUCUAAUACAAACCACUUAAUGAAAUAUUUUGUAUUACUAUCAUCUUUUUAUAAGUGAAGGGAUCAAGACAUUAUUAUAUUGAUGAUUUUUUUUAACUAUGACACCAGUUUUCGUCUUUUAAUGGCUAGUCACGUGGUUUGUUACCUAUAUAUUCUCUGUUUAUGUAACUUAUAUAAUGUUAUAUAAGGAUGUAUUAAAGUACCGUCUUGAAGCCAAA